AUGCCGGACUCAGAUAUCAUACAAGCAGUCAAUGUCCCCCCUCAGAUGUUCGGGCUCUUCAUGGCGGUCGCCAAAAGUUGUUCGUGGCUUGCACAGGGCUCUGAGUGGACUGGAAAGAGGAGUUACGACAUCAUUCUCGCGAUGUCAGACUUCUUUAACGAUCCAGCAACUGGCAAUGCCACUGAAUCUGCCCCACAGCUUGCUGAGCGCUUUGGGACCAGCACAGAGCGUGCUCAAUACCUAAUGGAUUUCAUGCAGCAAAACAUCGGAAUGUCAUUUCCAGAUCUUAUUGAGAUGAUGAAGCCAGUAUUUCCACUAGCAGGUCAUCCCGAAAAUAACUCUGAUUUGUUCACUGGUAUUUUUGUCAUGUUUACUCUUUUGGUUGGGUUGUUCGUGGGGCUACGGUUGUACUCCCGGUUCACGAUCAAUGGGUUCCUUCGCGCCUAUGAUUGGGUGUUAAUUGUUGCUACACUUAUUACCAUUGGGUUUGGUGGGAUGAAUGCCUACUGUUUGUCUGGUCCGACUCACUAUCGCGGUACAUGGGACCAAUCUUGGAAGGAUUAUCACGUCUUUUCAUGGUCCGAAGUCGCUACCGAAGUCCUUUACCCUGUCGGAAUAUUCCUUAUCAAAGCAUCACUUCUUUUAUUCUACUGGGGCCUCACUGCAUGGUGGCCUCUCAGGCUUGGUGCAGCGGUCAUGUUCGUGAUUUCGUUAGGAAAUGGUCUUGCUAUGAUAUUUACGGCCAUUUUCCGUUGCAGUCCGGUCUUAUCUCACGAAGGGUAUGAUUUUUUUACCACGACUUGCAACGUCGACCUCCAUAUCAAAGGCGAAGAGAUCUGUGGCUCGAUCAAUGUUGCCACCGAUAUUAUCAUCUGGCUCAUGCCCCUUCCCAUGGUCUGGAAGAUCAUCCAAGGAAACCGCGAGCGUUUCCUAUCAGCAUUGACCUUCGGCAUUGGCGCCCUGGCCUGUAUUGCAUGUGGGCUUCGCUUCAGAAACGUUCAAGAAUACAGAACUGCUGCCCUAGUACCGAGAGAUCAAUCCAAAUGGCUACUAUGGUGUCUUGUUGAGAUGAAUCUCGCAAUCAUAUGUUCUUGUGUCCCAGCAAUCAGAGCGCUGGUAAUCAAGAAAGCGCCAGCACUCAUUGGCUCUACCGGGGACAGAUCAUUGGGUACUGGUGUUAGGUAUGACGAUAAGGAUGAUAAAGAAAAGGGAAUUUCUGUAAUCAACGUCGAUAGCGCGAGUGAUAAGUAA